AUGGCGGACGGGGACAGCGGGAGCGAGCGAGGGGGCAGCGGGAGCGGCAGCGGAGGCGGCGGCGGAGGAGGCGGCGGCGGCGGCGGUGGAGGAGGAGGAGGUGGAGGCGGCGGGUUCCAGGGGCAUCGCGGCGGCGGCGGCGGGCCGGGCCCGGAGCAGGAGACGCAGGAGUUGGCGUCGAAGCGCCUGGACAUCCAGAACAAGCGCUUCUACCUGGACGUGAAGCAGAACGCCAAGGGCCGCUUCCUGAAGAUCGCCGAGGUGGGCGCCGGGGGCUCCAAGAGCCGCCUGACCCUCUCCAUGGCGGUGGCCGCCGAGUUCCGCGACUACCUGGGCGACUUCAUCGAGCACUACGCCCAGCUGGGGCCCAGCAGCCCCGAGCAGCUGGCGCAGGCCUCGGCCGGGCCCGGCGGCGAGGAAGGCGGCGGGGCGGGCGGGCCGCGGCGGGCCCUCAAGAGCGAGUUCCUGGUGCGCGAGAACCGCAAGUACUACCUGGACCUGAAGGAGAACCAGCGGGGCCGCUUCCUCCGCAUCCGCCAGACCAUCAACCGGGGGCCCGGCGGCGGCGGCGGGGGCGGCGGCGGCGGGCCGGGCUUCCCCGGAGGGGGCCCCCCGGGGCUGCAGAGCGGCCAGACCAUCGCCCUGCCCGCCCAGGGCCUGAUCGAGUUCCGCGACGCCUUGGCCAAGCUCAUCGACGACUACGGGGCCGACGAGGACGAGCUGGGCGGCGGCGGCGGCGGGGGCCCCGGCGGCGGGGGCCUGUACGGCGAGCUCCCCGAGGGCACCUCCAUCACGGUGGACUCGAAGCGCUUCUUCUUCGACGUGGGCUGCAACAAGUACGGCGUCUUCCUGCGCGUCAGCGAGGUGAAGCCUUCCUACCGCAACGCCAUCACCGUCCCCUACAAGGCCUGGGCCAAGUUCGGCGGGGCUUUCUGCCGCUACGCCGACGAGAUGCGAGACAUCCAGGAGCGCCAGCGGGACAAGCUCUACGACCGACGAGCUGGGCCCGCCGGGCCGGGGAGCGGCAGCGGCGCCGGAGACGAUUCCGACGGAGACGAUGUGGACGACGACUGAGCCUCUUCUUCCUCCCUGCCCCCCAUCGCUUUGAAGACCUCCCCCCUCCCCAGCGACCUUCACUCUACCACGGAGGUUGCCACAGG